UCAACCUGUGAUGACCCCCAGCAGCGAGGAGGCUCAGAAUAAAAUGAGGUAUUGUCUCAUGAAAGUAUGCAGACUGCUUUGUCUUGUGAUGACUUUACCUUUACAUCUAAUGGAGAUCACAGGCCUGUAUGGGAUGUACAAACGCUUGUUUCCUUGGCUUGCCUACAACAUAACAUUUUCAUACAACGACAAAAUGCACAAAACGAAGAGGGAGCUUUUCAGAAACGUGGGCAAAUUUGCAAACGCCGACGGGAGUCUCCGGCUGCUGGAGAUCGGCUGCGGCAGCGGGGCCAACUUUCCGUUUUACCCGGACGGCUGCACGGUGACCUGCACCGACCCAAACCCGCACUUUGAGAGGUACCUGCGGCUGAGCAUGGAGGCCAACAAGCACCUGACGUAUGACACGUUCAUGGUGGUGUCUGGGGAGGACAUGGAGGGGGUGAAGGACGAGUCAGUGGACGUGGUUGUCUGCACCUUGGUGCUCUGCUCGGUCAACAACGUGCAGCGGGUUCUGCAGGAGGUCCGACGCAUCCUCAGAGCGGGUGGAGCCUUCUACUUUUUGGAGCAUGUUGUGUCAGAUCCCUCCUCCUGGACAUACUUCUACCAGCAUGUGUUUGAGCCUCUGUGGUACUAUCUUGGCGAUGGAUGCACGAUUACCAGAGCAACAUGGAAAGACCUAGAGGCAGCUGAUUUUACUGAACUUCACGUAAGACAUAUUGAGGCUCUAGAGGUUUCUCUGAUGAUAAGACCACAUAUCGUGGGAUAUUCCAUUAAAUGACUGCAGGGGAGAAUGGACAGACUUUAUUGUGCCUCUAAUGGGCUUCAGGCGGUUUAUAGUGUUUAGUCAUUAGUCACUAUGAGAAUAUUUUGCUAGCUGCUAACCCAUAAUUAUAUUCUGAUCAUUUUAGUUUCUUCUAGGGCCGUCAGCUUCAUGUACCAACAUUUUCAUUGGUCCACCGCUUACAUUCAUAUUAAACACUGGGUCCAAAUUGAGUCUGCUGGUUUCAUUAAAAAAAAUACACUAGCCACACUGCAUUUAUUGAGUGAAAAUAUAUUUAUUUACUUACAGAAUCAGCAACAUGUCAUACACCGUUUGUUCUUCUUCCCCAUCCCUCCCAAGAUGUACAAAAUAAAUAUUACCUGGACACUGUGCUUUUUUUCCCUGAUUGUCUAAGUAACUGCCAAGAAACAACCAAACAAACCACACUCAAUGUCAUCAUUUGUUACCCUUUAUAUUCCAUUGCACAAAAAUAAGGAAUGACAAUUGUAACAUCUCCGUAUAGGGGAAUGAGGGGAAUUGCUGGUUCACAAUAUAAACAGGAAUUAUGUCUGUGGUAAUAUACAGUCAAAAGUCUGCAGAUGCUGUUAGAAGUUUAAAAAAAACAAAAAAAACAGCAACAUUUUUAAAAACACAAGAGAUACAUUUACAAACAGACUCGAAGUUAAAGCUCACAAUUUCAAACCUCCCAGUAUUAAAAAUGUACACAACUAUAAAUGUUAUAGCAUUAGCAAAUUUU